GAACGGCUACCAACAGGUACACCUUGACCCCGUGUUCGUGCUCGAGGGUGGCUGCUCGGCAGGGCCGCCGGGUAAAGGGCCCUGCCGGAAGGAUGCCUGUUUGAGCUGCUCGCGGCGCUCCAUCCUUCCUCCGGGGACUGCGCCCCGAGGGACACGAGCUGUCCCGCUCGUGGGAGGGCUGAGGGGCUCUCCCCACUUCUGCCGGCUGCCGCAGCCCCCAACUACUGACCUCUUCUUGCUUUUCAGGGGGGAAGGCGACGGGACGGAAAGCGCCGCUGUGGCUGCGAGCAAAGUUUCAGAGACUGUUGUUUAAACUGGGCUGUUACAUUCAGAAAAACUGCGGGAAGUUUUUGGUUGUCGGCCUCCUGAUAUUUGGGGCUUUCGCUGUAGGAUUAAGGGCAGCUAAUCUCGAGACCAACGUGGAGGAGCUGUGGGUGGAAGUUGGUGGACGAGUGAGUCGGGAGUUAAAUUACACACGGCAGAAGAUUGGAGAAGAAGCCAUGUUCAACCCCCAGCUCAUGAUCCAGACUCCACAGGAAGAUGGUGCUAAUGUACUAACAACAGAAGCACUACGACAGCACCUUGAGUCUGCACUUCAGGCCAGCAGAGUACAUGUCUAUAUGUACAACAGACAGUGGAAAUUGGAACAUUUAUGUUACAAAUCAGGAGAACUCAUCACAGAAGCAGGUUACAUGGACCAGAUCAUAGAAUAUCUUUAUCCUUGCUUAAUUAUCACUCCUUUGGACUGCUUCUGGGAGGGAGCAAAGCUACAAUCAGGAACUGCCUAUCUAUUAGGGAAGCCUCCUUUGCAAUGGAUCAACUUUGACCCCUUAGAAUUCUUGGAAGAGUUAAAGAAAAUAAACUACCAAGUGGAGAGCUGGGAAGAAAUGCUGAAUAAAGCAGAGGUUGGUCAUGGUUAUAUGGAUCGACCCUGCCUGAAUCCUGCUGAUCCUGAUUGCCCAAUCACAGCUCCCAAUAAAAAUUCCACCAAACCUCUUGAUGUAGCCCUUGUUUUGAGUGGUGGAUGCUAUGGACUAUCAAGGAAAUACAUGCAUUGGCAGGAGGAGCUGAUUAUAGGUGGUACAGUCAAGAACAGUUCUGGUAAACUUGUCAGUGCCCAGGCUUUGCAAACCAUGUUUCAGUUAAUGACCCCUAAGCAAAUGUAUGAGCAUUUCAAGGGGUAUGAAUAUGUUUCACAUAUCAACUGGAACGAGGACAAGGCAGCAGCAAUUCUGGAAGCCUGGCAGAGGAUGUAUGUUGAGGUUGUUCAUCAAAGUGUUGCACAAAACUCUACUCAGAAGGUGCUUUCCUUUACAACGACCACCCUAGAUGACAUCUUGAAGUCAUUUUCUGAUGUCAGUGCUAUCCGAGUAGCUAGUGGCUACUUACUAAUGCUUGCCUAUGCCUGUUUAACGAUGCUGCGGUGGGACUGUGCCAAGUCUCAGGGUGCUGUGGGGCUGGCAGGAGUCUUGUUGGUUGCACUCUCUGUGGCUGCAGGAUUGGGCCUGUGCUCAUUGAUUGGCAUUUCCUUUAAUGCUGCCACAACUCAGGUUUUGCCUUUUCUUGCUCUUGGAGUUGGUGUAGAUGAUGUUUUCCUUCUGGCACAUGCAUUUAGUGAAACAGGACAGAAUAAGAGAAUUCCGUUUGAGGACAGAACAGGUGAAUGUCUGAAGCGAACAGGAGCAAGUGUAGCCCUUACAUCUAUCAGCAAUGUUACUGCUUUCUUUAUGGCUGCCUUAAUUCCUAUUCCAGCUUUAAGAGCAUUUUCUCUCCAAGCAGCAGUUGUGGUGGUGUUCAAUUUUGCUAUGGUUCUGCUGAUUUUCCCUGCUAUCCUGAGCAUGGACCUUUAUCGUCGAGAAGACAGGAGACUAGACAUAUUUUGCUGUUUUACAAGCCCGUGUGUCACUAGAGUGAUUCAGGUUGAGCCCCAAGCGUACGUGGAAAAUGACAAUACUUGCUACAGUCCUCCACCCCCGUACAGCAGCCACAGUUUUGCACAUGAAACUCAGAUUACAAUGCAGUCCACAGUGCAGUUGCGCACAGAAUAUGAUCCUCACACGCAGGUGUACUACACCACAGCAGAGCCUCGCUCAGAAAUAUCUGUGCAGCCAGUGACAGUGACACAAGAUAAUCUGAGCUGCCAGAGCCCAGAAAGCACAAGCUCGACAAGGGAUUUACUUUCCCAGUUUUCAGACUCCAGUAUACAUUGCCUUGAGCAACCCUGUACGAAGUGGACACUCUCAUCUUUUGCAGAAAAGCAUUAUGCUCCAUUCCUCCUGAAACCAAAAGCUAAGAUUGUGGUUAUUUUUCUUUUUUUGGGUUUACUUGGGCUCAGCCUUUAUGGAACUACCCGAGUGAGAGAUGGACUAGAUCUCACAGACAUUGUACCACGGGAAACACGGGAAUAUGACUUUAUUGCUGCACAGUUCAAGUACUUUUCAUUCUACAACAUGUACAUUGUGACACAGAAAGCAGACUACCCAAAUGUCCAGCACUUACUUUAUGAACUUCACAGAAGUUUCAGCAAUGUGGCGUAUGUCUUGUUGGAAGAGGAUAGGCAGCUCCCCAAAAUGUGGUUGCACUACUUUCGAGACUGGCUGCAAGGACUUCAGGAUGCAUUUGACAGUGACUGGGAAACUGGGAAGAUUACUUACAACAACUAUAAAAAUGGUUCUGACGAUGCUGUUUUGGCUUACAAACUCUUGGUACAAACAGGCAACCAUGCAAAGCCCAUUGACAUCAGCCAGUUGACUAAACAGCGUCUGGUGGAUGCAGAUGGAAUCAUUAACCCAAAUGCUUUCUACAUCUACCUGACAGCCUGGGUUAGCAACGACCCUGUGGCCUAUGCUGCCUCACAAGCCAACAUCCGCCCGCACCGCCCGGAGUGGGUCCACGACAAAGCAGACUACAUGCCAGAAACGCGGCUAAGGAUUCCAGCAGCCGAGCCCAUAGAAUAUGCUCAGUUUCCUUUCUACCUCAAUGGAUUGCGUGAAACUUCUGACUUUGUGGAGGCUAUUGAGAAAGUGAGAGCUAUCUGUAAUAACUACACCAGCCUGGGGAUCUCCAGCUACCCGAAUGGUUACCCAUUUCUGUUCUGGGAGCAGUACAUUGGACUUCGUCACUGGCUCCUCUUAUCCAUUAGCGUGGUUUUAGCUUGCACGUUUCUGGUGUGUGCCCUCUUCCUCCUAAACCCCUGGACAGCUGGGAUCAUUGUGGUGGUGCUGGCUCUGAUGACUGUGGAGCUGUUUGGCAUGAUGGGUCUGAUUGGAAUAAAGCUGAGUGCAGUGCCUGUGGUUAUCCUGAUUGCUUCUGUUGGCAUUGGUGUGGAAUUCACUGUUCACGUUGCUUUGGCGUUUUUAACUGCCAUAGGAGACAGGAACCAUAGGGCUGUGCUUGCAUUGGAACACAUGUUUGCACCAGUGCUGGAUGGGGCCGUGUCCACUCUGCUUGGGGUGUUAAUGCUUGCAGGAUCAGAGUUCGAUUUUAUUGUCAGGUAUUUCUUUGCUGUUUUGGCAAUCCUAACCAUUCUGGGAGUUCUCAAUGGAUUGGUGCUGCUUCCUGUUCUUCUCUCAUUCUUUGGACCAUACCCUGAGGUGUCUCCAGCCAAUGGACAGGACAGAUUGCCCACACCAUCUCCUGAGCCACCCCCCGGUACUGUGAGGUUUGCACUGCCACCUGGCCACACAAAUAAUGCUUCGGAUUCCUCUGAUUCUGAGUACAGCUCUCAAACCACAGUGUCUGGCAUCAGUGAAGAGCUGCAUCAGUAUGACGCCACACGAGGCCCUGGGGCACCAGUUCACCAAGUAAUAGUGGAAGCGACUGAGAAUCCUCUCUUUGCAAGAUCCACUGUGGUUCAGCCGGAAGCAAGGCAUCAGCCGAGUCCUAGGCUGCAGUCGAAUCCAGAGCCCAGCACGCAGCAGCCGUGGCAUCAGGGCAGACAGCCCAAAAGGGAAGCGAGGGAAGGGCCGCGACCACCUCCUCACCGCCCUCGCAGGGAUGCUUUUGAAAUUUCUACCGAAGGGCACUCGGGACCCAGCAACCGGGAUCGCUUGGGCCACAAGGCUCGUUCCCACAGCAUGAGAAGCCCGGCAUUCGGGGCGGCGGGCGCCGCGGGAGCAGCCUACUGCCAGCCUAUCACUACUGUGACUGCCUCGGCCUCGGUCACUGUUGCUGUCCACCCUGCCCUGCACAGCCACAGCUCCCGGGGAGCGAGCUUUCCAUCCUUCGAGGGACACCAUGAAGCUGGCCAUGCACCGUUUGAGGACCCCCAUGUGCCUUUUAAUGUGAGGUGUGAAAGAAGAAAUUCUAAAGUAGAAGUAAUAGAACUGCAAGAUGUUGAAUGUGAGGAAAGGAUACCUGGCAACAGCUCACAAUAAGGGUAAUAACUGAAGCAAAGAAGAGGCCAAAGAUGGAAAACUGUAUUCCAGAACUGCUUGAAGAGAAGAACUGCUUGAAGUUGUAGAAAAGGACAUGCUGCAUCAGGACAACAGUUCACUGUUACUGUAACCUAUUGUAUUAUUUUGUUAAAUAUUUCUUUUAAGUAUUUAAAAGAUGUACACAUAUGUAAUAUACAAAAGAAUGAUGUAAAGUAGUAUAAUCUGGAGUAAUUUGCCUUUGGGCAAUAGAAUGGGGACAAUAUUGUGUGCUCUUUGUACUUUUUGUACAUUGAUAUCUGUGCCACAACUAAGCUUAAUCUAGUUCUAAAUUUCAGCAUAAGUUGCUGCUGCUUAAAUAUUUUAUAAUUUACUUGUAUAAUUCUAUGCAAAUAUUGCUUAUGUAAUAGGAUUUUUUAAAGGUACAUGUCUGUUUAAAAUAUUUUAAGUUUGCGUAUCACAACCCUGUGGUAGUAUGAAAUGUUACUGUUAACUUUCAAACACGCUAUGCGUGGUAAUUUUUAAAAUAAGCAAAUAUGAAGAAAAGCAAGUUAAUCUGGGAGGCUUAAAUAGACUUAGCUAUGUGCAGGUUUUGUUGUAUGUGUCCAAGUGUGCGCCUGGAAAUACGCAUGCUUUUGUGUGUAUGUUCCUGGUGCACUGUAGUUUCUCUUUUACUGUAGGUUAACACUUGGUGGGUUUACAAACCCACUGAUGCUGAUGUGAGUCUGGCUUUCCCUGUUAGAAGGCACUAGUGAAAACUCUGUUGUUGUUUACCAAUAUAUACAACUAUAGACUGCCAUCAUCAAAGGCCCAACUCAAAUACUAGAGAAGAGAGGGAGUUGAGGUUUGGAAUUAUGUUUCUGUUCCCAAACCCUUUGUGACUUGGUCCACAUGACUUUGGUCAAGUCACUUAACUGCCCCAUGCCUCAGUUUCUCGUUCUGUAAAAUGGUUAUAAUUACACUUACCUACCUCCCAGGAAUGUUGUGAGGCUUAAUUACUGUUCAUAUAGUGCUUUGAUUUUUUUUUUUUCCUCGCAAAACAUGCCAGGUAAGUGCAAGCACUAUAACCAUUAUUUUUUCACUUCCAAAGGUGCUGGAUAGUGAGAGGUGCUGGUGGUUACAGAAAUACAACAAGCAUCUGCCUUAUUUUGAUACUGUUAAUUGUGAAUGGCAUUAGAAGCUGAAUAAUGAAUUGUUUGAUGGUGAGCCACAGCUUAGCUGAGUCAUUACAGGAUUGAAAGCAUCUUUGGUAACCUUAUUUUCAUGGCAGGAAGGAGUUAAUAGUAAGUGAUAAAAAUCAAAUGGAAGGAAUUAAAAAAAAAUAAAAAAAGUAUAUUCAUCUUUUAAAUAUAAAUGGCUUUCUGGUGGGCCAGGACGGUAAAGACACGUACGGCCUGGGUAGUUCUUUUCUCUAUUGUUUGUGUUUUCCCAUGCUGCAUUGGCACUUUUAAUUAUAACAGCUAAACUGGGAUAUCUUUGUGAAACUAAUUUAGCUUUUUUGUACUAUUAUUUUUAAACUCAAAGGGGAUUGCUGCAGGUGAAGGGUCUGGAAAAACACUACAAUCUGUGUUCCAGUUGGAAACAAACCCUAGGAACGAAGAACCUUACUUUAAAAUAAUGCAACACAAGUUUUCAUUAUCUCUGUCUUCUUUUUUCAUCUUUUGUUUGCCCUUCACCAAGCUGGUUUUUUAGAGCAGGUAGAUGUUCAAUUUUGUAUUCAGAGCCAAACACAACCAGUAUUCAGUUUCUAAACACAGCAGUGGUGGGGCUUUUCUUUAUAUAUACCUGAACAGCAGUGGCCAAUUCUUUGAUGGGAAAGUGUUUUUCUCCAGUGGCUUCAGGGAGUCUAUCUUUGCCCACAGACCUUGCCAGCAAAACGAAUGGGGAUAAUUAGAAUGCACAGAUUUCCAUGCCUUUUUUGCUCACUUGAAAACACUUUGAUAUGAGGCACUUGUUUACAGAUCUCCAAUGUGAACGCUCGAAGAGCAGGUGGUGAGAGCCUGGUGUCAUUCCCGUGAUACAUAAGCUACUGUUUCAGUGCACACCAAGGGUUAAUGUCGCAACUGCCUACUGGUCCAGUUCACUGUCUAACAGGAAAAGUCUUGAUGACAAAAAGAUGAGGGGCCCCAAUUUAGCACUAGCAGCAUAGUGACCUCAGAUCAUACAAUCUCUGCAACAAAACUGUAUGAUACUAAUGGGAAGCUACCUUCAACCACCAAGCUUGUGCACCCACGUGUCAGAGGUUGGCAAGGCUCCCACUGGCACCACUCCGUGCUGCAGGCUGCCUUGCUUCCUGCUCUUCCUCAGGAGGGAAGGGGCCCAGGGCAAGCUGCAGUGUCUCCCACCUGCCCCUGCCCAAGUCUUCCUGCGUGCUUGUGUGUGGGUGAGCUGUCUGCUGCUUUGUGCACAAUGUAGACCUUCUUCUUCGAUAGUCACAUUGGCAAGGGGAGAACUCAGUGGCUGGCAACAUUUAUUUUGUUUUGGUUUUGUUUCUUAACUUUUUUAAUCAUGGGUGAUAUUUAUAUUUUUGUACCAUAAGAAUGUUUUUCUUACAGUAUUUGUCAUGCCAGUUUAUAACAAACAAAAUGCAGGGAUUUUAUUUCUAUUGGAAACACUAUUACAGUUAUGUUUUUACUGUUUAAUGGAUUUUUAUUUGUAUAGAGUGCUUACUAAUGUUAAAUAGGAAAGAGUAUAUAACAUUUACAUUAUGGACUCAUUCUAGCUGUUAGUGUAAGGAGUAAAAAGGAAAAAAAAAAUAUUCAAACUGGGUCUCAUUGCCUGCCUGUUUGGUAGGAGUGGGUUUGUGUCAUUUCAGUUACAAAGAUAAAAUUAUGCCAUAUAAUUUAUUUAUAUGAAAAUUUAUUUUUGUAGUGUACAUAUUAGUCAUCAAGUCUUUUGACAGAAGUAUAUUUUUAAAGAGUUUAUAUGUAAUGAUGAUACCAUUAUGAUUUAGAACACUGCUGAGAUACAAUUACAGUGCACACUUUUCCUUGUAAACCCCCUGGAGAAAAUAAAGUGUUUAACAGUGUUAAGAGAGAAAGAGAGUGUGAAUAUUCAUACAAUUCUGAACUGUGUUUUAGUUACCAUUUGUGAUCUAGUGGUUCUCAUUUUAAGCUUUGAAUGGAAAUUGUACAAACUCUCUAAAUAUUAAUGUUCAAACACUGAUAGAAAUUCUAACACAAAUAAAAAAAUUAUAACU